UGACACUUUGAUGAUGACAAGAAAUUGACGAUAAUGAUAUAACACCACGCUAUACGGUAAAGAAAAUUCCAUUAUCGAAUUUUUAUAUACUUAGAAAAUCUUAUACCAUCGACCUUUGUGAUCUCAGUUAGGAACUAACAUUGCGUCAAACUGGGAAAUUAAUUUUCAAUAAGCUGCAAUUAUACUAGUCACAACAACCAAUAAAAUCGGUGAAUAAAAUAAUGGAAUAACUUCAACACUGUUAAGACUAUUACGACACCUGCCAAAGAUGGUGCCACUGGACGAUUUAUGGCAAUCAGCAUCAACGAAAACAAGCAUCAGAGAUAAAUGAAGUGUUUUAAAGUGGCAUGGGAGAAACAAAUAUAAGUUUUCCACAAAUUAAAGAAACUUUAUUCAACACAACUACUGAAAUACACAAUGUAACGUGCAAAAAUAACAUGUGUGUUUUUGAGAACCGGAAUUAUGUGUCGAAUGGUAACAGCCACGGAUUGAAUAUAGGAACAGAGGCCGCCGUUAAAACUGUACUUCCGUCUGAAAAUAUCGGCACAGGAUGUGUUUUAUUUUUUAUCAUUACCAUGACAAUUGUUGGUAAUGUAGUUGUUUUAGUAGCUGUGACAACGAACAAAAAACUACGAACAGUCUCUAAUAUGUUUAUCCUUUCAUUAAGUUUGGCCGAUUUAUUUGUCGGCACCAUCGUCAUGAUCCCGGCGGCAAUAAACGAAAUUUUUGGUGAAUGGAUUUUACAUCAUUCAUUUUGUUCCAUUUGGGUCUCGUUUGAUGUGAUGUUGACUAGCGCUUCGGUUUUAAAUGUGUGUUUAAUUAGUAUCGACCGAUAUAUUUCCAUUAUGACUCCACUCCGGUAUAAAACUAUUAUUACACAUCGUCGAGCGCUAUACAUGCUUCUAGCUGCUUGGGGAAUUGCAAUUUUCUCUUCGUUUGUUCCAAUAAUAAGUGGACUUCAUAAUCCGUCUUUACCUACACUGAAGAAUUUGACAUUAAUCAGUAAUAAACCACAAUGUCUGUUCAUAGUGAGUGUACCGUAUGCGUUUACUGCGUCAACGGUUACAAUUCUAAUUCCAAUAAUAAUAGCUCUUGUGUUGUAUUACCGAGUGUCAAAAGAAGCUAAAAGACAAGCAUUAUUUGUAGGAACUUUAAUGGUUACAAGCAACGUAUUAUUAGGAAAGAACAUGACUUCCAAACAUGUACGAGAACCUUUUACUCAUAAGGCAACUGUAACAUUAGGAAUUAUAGUUGUAGCAUACGUUGUAACGUGGGCGCCAUUUUUUAUUACAAACAUUACCGAAUCAGUAUGUGAAUGUGUUCCGGUUAAAGUUUUUGUAGCAUUUGUAUGGCUAGGUUAUUGUAACAGUUUAAUUAAUCCUAUAAUAUAUCCUUUAUUCAUGCGAGACUUCAGGAAGGUGUACGUUAAAGCAAUUCACCGGUGUUGUCCAUACUUUAAAUCUUUAAAACACUUUCAAGAAAGUCCAAGAAUGUGUAAACAGUUUCCAUUACAAACAUAGUUUGCUAAUUUAUAAUUUGUUACAACGUUUAAUAUUUAUUGAAUAUGUUAUUUUUACAACUGUUUUAUCUGUGAUAGCCGAUUAA